CUAUAUAGUAUUAAAACUGGGAGCAGCUUUCCUUUGGUGGAAAUAAACAUUAAAUAUUGUAGCUUUCCUCUUCUUGUGACUAUCUUUUGAGUCUCUCAAAGUUCUCUUUUUAAAUCAAGAUUCAUUCUUCUCUGCGUCACCACCGUUCUCUAAUUACUGUUUGAACAGUUAGUUUGGAUGAAGAAGAGAGAGAGUGAAAGUUAGUAUUUGUUUCAUGGGCAAUUCAUGCCGUGGAUCUUUCAAGGACAAAAUCUUCCAGAGCAAUACCAGUAGUAAUAGUAAGCUUGAAGACAACUCCAAAACCUCUACCAACAUCUCUUCAAACCGCUCUAGUUCUUCCACCAACAACUCAGAGAUCUCCUCUCCCAACAAGAACAACAGCAAAAACUCACCUCUUGUGAUUCCUUUAAAAGAACCGACCAUGAGGCGUAGCAUGGACAACCAAGCUUACUACGUCCUCGGUCACAAAACACCGAACAUUCGUGAUCUCUACACUCUCAGCCGCAAGCUAGGACAAGGCCAGUUCGGGACAACGUACCUCUGCACAGAACUCGCCACGGGGGUUGACUACGCUUGCAAGUCGAUCUCCAAGAGGAAGCUGAUCUCUAGAGAAGACGUUGAGGAUGUCAGGAGGGAGAUUCAGAUCAUGCACCACUUAGCUGGUCACGGUAACAUCGUGACGAUCAAAGGAGCUUACGAGGACUCUCUGUACGUCCACAUUGUGAUGGAGCUUUGCGCGGGAGGUGAGCUGUUUGAUAGGAUUAUUCAGAGAGGGCAUUACAGCGAGAGGAAAGCUGCUGAGCUGACCAAGAUCAUUGUUGGAGUUGUUGAAGCGUGUCACUCUCUUGGUGUUAUGCAUAGAGACCUGAAGCCUGAGAACUUCUUGUUGGUUAAUAAGGAUGAUGACUUCUCCCUCAAGGCUAUUGACUUUGGUCUCUCUGUCUUUUUCAAACCAGGUCAAAUAUUCACUGAUGUUGUUGGGAGUCCAUAUUACGUUGCUCCUGAGGUUUUGCUCAAACGUUAUGGACCUGAGGCUGAUGUAUGGACUGCUGGUGUUAUACUUUAUAUAUUGCUGAGUGGGGUCCCACCGUUUUGGGCAGAAACUCAGCAAGGGAUAUUUGAUGCUGUGUUGAAAGGAUACAUUGACUUUGAUUCAGACCCUUGGCCUGUGAUAUCAGACAGUGCCAAAGACUUGAUCCGGAGAAUGGUAUCCUCCAAGCCUGCAGAACGCUUGACUGCUCAUGAAGUCUUGCGUCAUCCAUGGAUCUGCGAGAACGGUGUUGCACCAGAUAGACCACUUGAUCCGGCUGUUCUGUCUAGAAUCAAGCAGUUCUCUGCAAUGAAUAAACUAAAGAAGAUGGCUUUGAAGGUGAUAGCUGAGAGUCUCUCUGAAGAAGAGAUUGCUGGCUUAAGAGAAAUGUUUCAGGCGAUGGAUACUGAUAACAGCGGUGCAAUCACCUUUGAUGAACUCAAAGCUGGUCUGAGGAAAUAUGGAUCGACUCUGAAAGACACAGAGAUCCAUGACCUUAUGGAAGCGGCUGAUGUGGACAACAGUGGGACAAUAGAUUACAGCGAGUUCAUUGCAGCGACGAUACAUCUCAACAAACUGGAACGUGAAGAACAUCUUGUAGCUGCGUUUAGGUACUUUGACAAAGACGGAAGUGGUUACAUAACGAUAGACGAGCUGCAACAAGCGUGUGUUGACCAUAGUAUGACUGAUGUUUUCCUUGAAGACAUCAUCAAAGAAGUUGAUCAAAACAAUGAUGGACAGAUUGAUUAUGGUGAGUUUGUGGAGAUGAUGCAAAAGGGAAACGCUGGGGUUGGAAGAAGGACGAUGAGAAACAGUCUGAACAUUAGCAUGAGAGACGCUUAGAGAUUGUUGCUUUUUCCCUGGUGGUUUGUGAUUUCAUGGGGUCAACAAGCUCAAUGCUCACCACAUAGAAGUAGCCUUUGGAGGUUUUUUCUUUAUUGUUUGUUAUGGCCAUUGUUGAAGUUAGUGAGCUUUGUCUAAUCUUCUUCCUUUGUUCAAUGUUUUACUAAAACGAAAAAAUUGUCAUCAAUGUUUUGUGUGUUUUCUAAGCAUUUUUUUUACUUUGAAAA